AUGGAUUGGACUGUCUUGUUGUUGAUUGUCUUUUUGUUGGACGAGUCUACUGUAUGUAGAUAUAAAUACUUUAGUGUAAUGACAAUGGUCAAGAAAUGUGUUUCUAAACAAGUGAUUUUUAAGGAGUACCAAGAUUUCUAUGAUUUGAAAAGAUUGACUCUUCAAAAAUACAGUACUUGUAUUGUUACUGGCGGUGGUUGUGAUAAUGCUUCUUCUGAAAGUUCAUUAUCUUAUUCAUCAGGUGAUUACAACCAUGGUUUUUGCGCCUUUGAUUUGACUGCAGUUGACAAGAAAGAUAUAUCUGUGAUGGCGAAAGCAGAUAGUACUCGUGGUAUUGAAUUGAUGGCCACGCUAUCUGACUGUCAUCAUCGAUUUGAGCAGGAACCACAUGAUUUGAAUAACUUUAUAAAAUAUGUAAACCUUUUAUCUUCAUUGAAAAAGAGUGUAUUCUAUCCAACCGAAGUAAAACCAACUACACCUAACAAUGGUAGUUCACCUUCAACCGCAACUUCUAAACAACAUAACAAUAGCAACAAUAACAAUAACAAUAACAAUAAUAAUAGCAAUAAUAGCAAUAAUAAUAACAAGUUACCUACACUUAUACAACCUGCAACAAAACCAACAACAACUAAUACAACAACAACAACAACUACUACUACUAGUAACAACAGUAGUAGUAGUAGUAAUACAACAGAUUCAAUUAUCAAUUCACUCUCACAAAAUAGCAUCAACCAGAUAUUUGUUUAUCUUGACAAGUUAAAGAAGUCACCGAGUUUACAAGGCGACUUUUACGAGGUAUUGAGUAUACCGCAACCUGCAUUCGAUCCGGUAAGACAGUCGGACCAUUAUCCUCAUGUUCCAACGUCAACGCGAAUGCCAGCAGUCUCUUCACUGACCGCCGCCGCGUCACUAUCGUCGUCAACUUCAUUUCUGACGACAGCAAACAGCACGCCGGCAGCAACCAACCCGAAACCAACAUUGUCUCCAUCACUCAAAUUCAGCCAAGGCAUAUAUUAUAACAAUUCCUCGAUAUCACCACCGAAACCAACUAAACAACAAGAGCAACAACCACAGCAGCAACAACAACAACAACUAAAUCAACAACAACAAGAAUAUCAAUUCUCAUUUAGUGACGACUUUGAACAACUACCGACGAUUUCAACUACCACUACGACGACCACAACCGAUUCCAACUCGACGGCGGCAGCAACCACUACUCUGACAACGACAACAACAACGACAACAACGACGACAACUAUCAAUCCACAUAAAUCACAGACGAUACCAAUAGUUACGACGACAAUGAUAGCCAAUAAUGUUAUCGAGGUGAACGGUGCCAAUCAACUACUGGGUUCGUCUGCACGUAUCAGUUCAUUCGAACCACACAACAUCAACAAUGCAUCACCACUCACAACAUCACCAAUCUAUAACUACGUUGUAGAACAAGAGUACACUCAACAAACACCAACAUUCCUUUCACCGUCACAAGAUGUUCGAAGAAAUCCAAACUCAUUUUCACUGGCUCGUUCAUCCGAAGGCAUUAUAUCAACUGAAAUACUACCACCAAUCGAGAAACUAUCUAUUUCACAAUCAUCAACUGAUGAUCAACCAAAAGUACGUAAUUGGUCUGUUGAAUUUUGGGAAGCAUUACAAAUGGAACAAAACGGUGGAAAUGAUAGAUUAACAAGAAGUGAAGAGAUUCAAAGAAUUGCAAAAGAGUUUGUACAGGUAGCAACAAAACAUGGAAUUACAAUUAUAAAAGAGAGAAGUGCAAUUCAACAUACGAUCCCUCCAAUAGAAGAGAAAGAAAUAUUAAUAUUUUUUAAUCAAACAACACAUUUAGAUGUUGGAGGAGUUGCAGGUGGUCAAAAGUUUUUAAAGGAUGGUAUAUUUUUCAAGUUUGCGUUUGAUGUAUAUGGUAUUUAUGGGGGUGAUGAGUUCGCUAUGAAAGCAGCAGGUCAUGAGCUAAAGGGUUUGAUGGGCUAUUUCAACUGUCACGUCGAUGGCAUCUAUUUGCCAUUGAUGGCGUUAAUCGAUUAUAUGGGUUACCGUUUGAUUGCUACCAGUCAUCUGGCGAUCGAUAGCAACACUCUGGUGUAUGGAUCGAACGAUCAAGGUGUCAGUGUGCAUGACGACCUUCCUGUUUAUUCGGGGCUGAUGAAGAGUGCCGCCGAGAUUAUGAAUUUAAAGGGUCACUACACAGGACAAGGCGAGGCAAAGAAGUUCCUCUAUGGGCCAUGCGAUAUCGAGGGUCACAUCACUAGAGACGGACACUUUGUGGUGAUUGACACCGCCAGAAUAUUCCCACCAGAGAAACCUGCCAAAGAUAGCACUGGAUCGCAUCUCUACUAUCUACUCCGACCGGAACUAGUCAGAACCAACAAGAAGCCAUUAUCUUCCGAUGCAUUCACCAAAUUCGGAGGCCAAGACAAAGAAACAAACAAUGAAGAUGUCGAGCGUGCACAAAAGAGAUUACUAUGUCAGAUUAUACCUGGAUUCGUAUUGACCACAAAUCAAAUGUAA